AUGUAUUCUUCUCUCUGCUUUCAGGACCAUUACUCUCUUUUUUUCUGCCUUUUUGUUUCCCUCCGGCGAGUCGGCGCCACUGUGAAUUUCCGUUUCCGGCGGUGUCUAUACAAAAUAAGACUGUCUCUAGUUACUCCUGGUCUACCGGAUAUUAAUGCACACGCCUAUGUUACUGGUAAACCCAUCGGCCAAGGGGGCAUCCAUGGACGCAUCUCUGCUACUAGCUGUGGUGUCUUCCAUGGGAUUGAAAACUUCAUCAAUGAAGCUUCUUACAUGAGCAUUUUAGGAAUGACACCAGGGUUUGGAGAUAAAACAUUUGUUGUACAGGGAUUUGGUAAUGUGGGCCUACACUCUAUGAGAAAUUUACACAGUUUUGGUGCUAAAUGUAUUGCUGUUGGUGAGUCUGAUGGGAGUAUAUGGAAUCCAGAUGGUAUUAACCCAAAGGAACUGGAAGACUUCAAAUUGCAACAUGGGUCCAUUCUGGGCUUCCCCAAGGCAAAGCCCUAUGAAGGAAGCAUCUUGGAAGCCGACUGUGACAUACUGAUCCCAGCUGCCAGUGAGAAGCAGUUGACCAAAUCCGACGCACCCAGAGUCAAAGCCAAGGUGACAACAUUAUAGAAACCGGAACCAACAUUAUCAAUGUGAAUGACGUUAGGGGGGUCAUAGAAGAGUCUGAUUGAGUUUUCUCUUUCUUUUUAGCAGCUUUAUUGGCACAUAUUGCACAUACCAUACAGUUCCCCCAUUUAAAGUAAAUAAUUUAACAGCUUUUAGCUACCUGCACAGAGUUGUGCAACCACUACCAAAGCAAACGCAUCUGCCUGACACUCCUGUAAAAACAAAACAAAACAAAAACCUAGAUAAAUAGAAAAGUGAAAGGUAGUUUUAUACACUUUGCAGAGCAAAAUAACCUCUGUUAAUUUAAUUUUAACUGAAACUGUGCUUCUCCCCACAGCCCCCUGUUCAUAUAUGCACAUCUCUUGCCCUCAGUGGAGGGGAUUUGAUGGUGGUGUUGGCAUUUCUCUAUGUUCCUGACUCUCUUGCAGAUCAUUGCUGAAGGUGCCAAUGGGCCAACAACUCCAGAAGUUGACAAGAUCUUCCUAGAGAGAAACAUUAUGGUUAUUCCAGUAAGUCAUCUGUAUUUAUUAGGCUUUAUAUGUACUUAGGAUCAUAAUUGUCUUUUGCAAGGAAUUUGGAGGAAGAGAGGAAUUAUUAGUCUCCCAAGCUCUAGUGAAUUCAUCUUUAU